AUGGGCAGUGAUACACUCAGGUCGGAAGGCUCCUGCGCAGAGGUGGUACAGCAGAGUGUAGGCGAUGAGAAAUCUGGGAUUCGUCGCAAAGAUACAAAUCUGACCGUGGAAACUGAAUAUGUACACAUGCUUCUGGAGCUUGACUGUAUCCAUUGGAUAUAUAACUUCCUCUCAGGCUUUGCUAGUUGGAUUUUAUUGGCUGGCUAUCUUGUGGUGCCCGGGACUUUUACCACUCUUCAAAGUUCUCACACGGUGAAGCAAGAACUUGAUACAAAUCGAACUAAAAAAGCCGUCCUAAGCACUAUUCAGAACCCACCAUUGAUUGGUAUAUCAUGCAGCUUGCUCGUCAUUGGGGCCCUCACGAUGACAUACCUCUUCUUCAGAUGGAAACAAAAUUAUUUCUGGCUUAUUAACCGUUUAUUUAUCCAAAAAUGGGAAUUGGUCCAUUAUGGCUCUUCUAACGGUAAUUGCAACGGCAACGACAGCGUUCUGCUCAUUAUCAGUGGCACUAUUCUAUAA